CACUAAAGACCGCUGAAUAAAAAUCAAUUGUAAAAAACCAACAAGCCGGACAUAACAUGAACAACUUCGAAGCCAAAUGUUGUUGACAUGUAAAGAAAUGUAUUUCCGAUGUACAUAUUUUCCAUCUCAGAGUUGUAAAAUUAAACUAUGACCAAUGUUUUAAAACCUACGUUUUUAUUUUUCACAAUUAUAUUAAUCAAAAUAACCAUUAUAUACUAUGUCGUGAAUGGAAACUGGAGUUUUUUUGAACAUCCUGUGUACAAACCAAGUGAAAGAUUCUACAACAAAAGCGAUUUUUUAAUUUCGCGAACUUAUGCUAAUCUUCAAAAUGGUCGAGAUCUUACUUCAAGGACUAAUCCAAACUGGUUCUGGCUUUCAGAUAAAUUGAACAGGAUCAACGAAAAUAUGAUAUAUAACAAAUUCAAUAUUAAAGAAACUUCUCAACCAGAGAGAGUUAAUGUAGUCCUAAUAGUUUCCUCCGCACCAGCAAGAUUUGACCGUCGAAAAGCUAUCCGUGAAACUUGGUGGAAAGACUGUAAAACUAAUGGCAAGCUCUCCAUUUUAUGUGUUUUCUUAACUGAUCAAAAAGACAAGAAAACAGAUAUUGGAAUCAGACUUUUAAACGAACAAUCAAAAAACGCGGACCUGUUUUUUCAAAACCUAGAAGGCGGCCAUGACUUUGGAAGACGUUUUUUAUAUCAUUUAAUUUGGGCAAUGCAGAAAGUUAAAUUUGAUUACUUCAUGAGGAUUGAUGACGAUUACUUUCUUUGCAUGAAGCGUUUCAUUGAUGAAGUGCCAAUGCCACCUAAAUCAUUGUACCAUUGGGGAUGGGUACAUUGUAUUGAAAAUAUAGUGCGACCAGAAGAAAGUAUUAUUCUAUUAUCACGGGAUAUUGUUGAGAAUUUUGUUGGACAGAACCCAGAUAAAAUGAAAUGUCACCGUUGGGCAGAUCAAAUGAUAGGGGUUUGGAACGAAGAUUUAGAAUUACCUAAGUUUUACCAUCAUGAUCCAAGAUUACAUCACGAUCCCCCGGCACAAUAUGUCAAAAAGUUUAAAGACGAAAAAAAUAUUUGUGAAAAUUAUAUUGGUGUACACGGAGCCUACCCGCCGCAAAUGAGACUAUUUUGGAAAAAUCGUGGUAAAUUUGUUGGUAAAAGAGGGAAGACAUUUGAUGACUAUGCAGCCGAAUGUCAUUUUCCUUCUGUUAUGAAGUGGAAUAUUUUUGACCCGCUUUGGAGAGCCGAACCGAAGCUUUGUAAAGCAAAUCCUGAUUGGGGAGGAUCGCAUGGAACAACUUAUAUUGGUAGGCAAGAAAAUCUUUACGUCGACAACACUGCUAUGCCGACAGCACUUCUAUGCCGACAACAUUUUUACGCCGACAACAUUUUUACACCGACAACAUUUUUACGACGACAACAUUUUUACAUUGAAAACAUUUCAAAAUUUUACGCCGACUACACCUUUUCGCCGACAACAUCUUAACGUAUUUUGAUUGACUGGUGGAGCCAAUAAAAAUCUUAAAGUUAUAUCGUCCCGCACGAAAAUACUGACUGGCGACUGCAACGGCGUUAACCUUAAGCCAUCAUUGGUCCAAAUACGUCUGGUUUGAUGCCAUUGUCAAAUCACUUUAUUCUUGACGCAAUUUAACGUAGACGUGAAGAUUUUAGGUGGAGGUAGAGUUUUGCUAGUAAGGUUUUGGACUGGCAAACAAGAUAUGCUUGGUAAUCAAUAACAUCAUGGUCAGCCAUUUUACCCUAGAAACAAUUUUUGUGUCGGAAAAAAAUGCCUUUAUGAUGUCAUAUCAAGGCAUUAUUCUUCCAUGGUUACCGUGAUACUGUCAAAACAUUUACGCCGACAACAUUUCUACGCCG